UCGCGCUUCACCAUGGCUGUCCUCGAUUUCUUGAUCUCGCCCUAUACGAUCCCUGUCGCGCUCGCGCUCUACUUCCUCAUCCCUUACCUCACUUCCAAUACAGGGAUACGGGACAUCCCCGGGCCCUUCGCAGCCAAGUUCACGAAUCUCUGGCUGUUGCUGCAGAGCCGGCAGGGCAAAAGAUAUAAGAGUGUGCACGAGGCGCACAAGAAGUAUGGGAAGCUUGUGAGGAUCCAGCCCAACCAUGUCAGCGUCGCGGAUCUGUCUGCCAUCCCCAUCAUAUACGGCCACGGAAAUGGAUUUUUGAAAUCUGAUUAUUACGAUGCCUUUGUCAGUAUUGAGCGUGGUCUCUUCAAUACAAGGGAUCGUGCUGAGCACACGCGGAAACGCAAGACUAUCUCCCAUACCUUCUCCACUAAGAGCAUCGGCCAGUUCGAGACCUACAUGAACCAGAACCUCCAGACCUUCGUGCGGCAAUGGGACGCCAUCAGCAAUAACGGGCAUGGCCGGUUUGUCAAGCUCGACUGCCUACACUGGUUCAAUUAUCUUGCAUUUGACAUCAUCGGGGAUCUCGCGUUCGGUGCUCCCUUCGGUAUGUUGGAGAAGGGUAAGGAUAUCACGGAAAUCCAAAUGACCCCCGAUUCGCCAAUCACCUACGCACCCGCAGUCGAAGUCCUGAAUCGUAGAGGGGAAGUCUCAGGCACAUUGGGCUGUCUCCCAAACCUGAUACCCUACGCCAAGUGGCUCCCUGAUCCAUUCUUCUCCAAGGGUGUGGCCGCCGUGGAGAACCUAGCUGGUAUGGCAGUGGCCCGCGUAUCUCAGCGUCUGGAUGGCAAGCAGGACACCGAACGCGUUGACUUGCUGGCCCGACUCAUGGAAGGGAAAGACGAGACAGGAGCUAAGCUGGGCCGCUCCGAGCUCACGGCCGAAGCGCUCACCCAGCUCAUCGCCGGCUCCGACACGACCUCCAACACCUCCUGCGCCAUCAUGUACUGGGUGACCAAGACCCCCGGUGUGCUCGUCCGGCUCCAAAAGGAGCUCGACGCCGCCAUCCCGCAAGGCACCGCCAUCCCGACCUACGACAUGGUCAAGGAUCUCCCCUACCUAAGAAAUGUGAUCAACGAGACGCUUCGCAUCCACAGCACCUCCUCCCUCGGCCUCCCCCGCAUCGUCCCCCCAUCCUCCAACAUUCACAUCCUAGGCCAUCACUUCCCGCCCAACACCGUGCUCUCCGUCCCGGCCUACACCAUUCACCACUCUCAUGAGAUCUGGGGCGACGAUGCUGACGAUUUCGUCCCCGACCGCUGGGACCACCUCACCGAGGAGCAAAAGAACGCCUUCAUCCCUUUCAGCUACGGGCCACGCAGCUGCGUCGGUCGCAACGUCGCUGAGAUGGAACUGGCCCUGAUCGUCGCGACUACUUUCCAUAGGUACGAGUUCGAACUGCAUCAGGAGGUCCUGGAGACGCGCGAGGGCUUCUUGAGAAAACCGCUUGAGUGCUGGAUUGGUCUGAGGAAGAGGGAGAAUGUGUAGGGAGGGAUGUUCAGGGGCGCGGUUUCUUUGUGGGAUAGGGGCUUU